AUGCAUGACUUAAAGCUUGCAGCAGUGAUCUUUGCACUAAGGACAUGGAGACAUUAUCUGUAUGGAGUGCAGUUCGAGCUUUUCACGGAUCAUCAAAGUUUGAAGUAUAUUUUCUCUCAGAAAGAGCUAAAUCAGAGACAUCGACGAUGGGUUGAGUUUAUCAAAGACUACGAGUUUGUGAUUCAGUAUCAUCUGAAGAAGGCUAAUGUUGUAGCAGACGUAUUGAGUAGGAAGCGUCAACAUCAGACUGCAGCUUUGAGAUCCACCCUUGAGUACCAGCAAAAAGCAUUACAAUUUGUAAAGACAGUUGAAAAGAAUUUGGGAUUUCCUACAAGGAUGUUCUGCCCUUGCACGAAAUGUCGUAAUAUGAGCCAUCAAGAUGGAAGUACAAUUUUUGAACACUUGGUUACAAAGGGGAUGGAUCUUUCGUACCGAAUGAAAUCACAUUGGAAUAAGCAUGGAGAGAAACAAGAAAGUGGUGAGAAGAUUGAUUAUGAAGCCACUAAGGACGAGACAUAUAACUUAUUCCAAGCUGCCUACUUUAUAGAUGAAGAACUUGUUCAGCCUAUACCUAUUAAUGAACCUUCUGAACAUGGACAUGGUGACGAGUUCAUAAGGAGACUAGAAGAAGCACAAACUCCUUGUAUCCAGGCUGCGAAAGUUACACAAAGUUGUCAGCCAUUAUAG